AUGGCGGAGAUCCCCACUUCUGCUGGUGUGAAGCGCUGUCGUGAGGAGCCAUGCGUGUGCGACCGAGCCGUGACGUGUCGCACCGUUGUGCCACGUCGCUGCACAGUGGCAGACGCAGUGGAGAAACGGGCGUUGGAAAGGGUCCCUCCGGUGUCGUCUACCGGGUUCAUCUACUGCUGUGGUAGAGGGGGGCACAGCAGCAGCAUCAACAACAAGCAACGAACUCCUUACACCGCCCCAUUGUGGUCGAGUCGAUCGUGCAGCUGCAUGCACGUACCGCUGGGUGUGUGCCUCACCGUCCCGCAGCGGAGUGGUGGGCGGCACCGCACGUCAUUCGCAUGCGUGGCCACAGUGAGGGCGCCGUCUAUGUCGUCUCGUCGUGUUGAGGUGGACGUUGUUCGCGGUGACACAGGCAGACGUCAUCGUUUCAACUUCGGGGUGCCGUUCCCAACACAGCCUUGUGACAUCGAAAAAAGUGGCGCGGCAAGUGCGGCAUACCGUGACACCAUUGUACAUGAGCUGCUGGGCCAACUCUGCGUGGAGGCGGCUCUGUCCACUGAGCAUACGUGGGUUGUUAUUUGCCACGGGAAGAACAUCCAAUCCGAAGCGGGGGCGGGGGCCCUCGUGUCGUCGCUGCUAUCAGAGUCCUGCCAGCGCAUUCCCCUUGCCGUGUUUCACGGUUUGGGGGUGGAAUAA